UCACAUUUGCUGUACAGUGCGCGAAAGAAGAAGAGGAAACGCUGCUGUCAAAAGAAAACCUGAACCUUUCUGCAGGCGUCAUAAAGCCAGAAAAGCGCUUUCUAUUACGGCUACCCUAACUUUGGCAAGGGAAACCUUUAGGAAAUUAAGUUGGUGUUGGGCAGAGGUACCCGGGACGAUCGUUUCGCCGAGGCAAUAAAGCGUACCGGAAGCGAGCGCUUGUUGCGGCUGGGAACGUAUUGGUCUAAAGCGCGUAAAGCGUCGCAUAAUUUGGUGAUGAAAUCAGUUUUGCUCUAAGUGUUGGAGUGUUUUGCAUGCCGUAAUUGAUCCCAGUCUCAAUAACCGGUGACCAGUGAAUCAAAAGGUCCGGAGAAAAAUCUUGACCCUAGAAAACCCACGCACUGUUCGCCGUCGGCAAAAUGUCGCUCGCUUAUUCACAGCAGUCACAGCAAACGGCCAAUCCGGGCGGUGGACGUGGUGGUAAUCCGCCGAACCGUGGCCAGGGACCGCCACCAAGCUCGAUGCAUAUACAGAAGAUACUGGACGAGAAUGCGGGUCUAAUACAGACGAUACAGGAGUUUCAGUUUGCCGGCAAGUCUAGCGAGAGCAUGUCGUACCAGGUGGCGUUGCACCGCAAUCUGGUCUAUUUGGCGAACCUGGCCGAUCCGCAGCAGAACGUAUCGUCAUUGCUUCCGCCUCCGCAAAUGUUGCAUGCAAUUCAGCAACAGCAGCAACAGCAGCAGCAACAGCAACAACAGCAGCAGCAGCCUCCGCCGCCAACACACGAUGGCAGCAUGAUGGGGCAAGGGCCGGGACAGCCGGGAAUACCAGGUUAUCCGCAACCCGGUCAAGCACCACCGGGCGCUGGGAUGGGUGGCCAGCAGCAACCGCCACAGCAGCAACAGCAACCGCAGCAAGGUCAAUCGCACGCGAGCAACGGUGUGGUACCGCCGGGCCAGCAGCACAAUCCGCACGGACCACCCAAUCCCGCCGCCGGCGGUAUGCAGCAGCCCGGCCAGCAGCCGGGUGUACCGGGUAGCGUGGGCACCGGUCACGGACAGCAAACGGUCCCGCAGGUACCGAACCAACCGGGCCAGAAUGUGGUAAUGGGUGGUGCCGGUGGUGGUGGAAAUCAGCAGGGAGUGUACCGUGCACCGGGCGCCAGUGGACCGAUGCCCCCGACGUCCAGCUCUCCCGUUGUCGGUGGAGGUCAGCAGCAGCAACAGCAGCAGCAGCAGCAGCAGCAGCAGCAGGGUCUGGUGAAUCAACAAAGUGCCGGCCCGGGUGGUGCGAUACGGGCGGCAGGCAUUCCCGGCCCGGGUGGCCAACAGCAGCAACCCGCCAGUCAGCCGUUGCCACCGCAAACGUCCGGCUAUCAGCAGCGUGCCGCGUACAACGUACAGCACUCCCACUAUCCGGGCUAUCCGCCCCCGAACCAAGCGCCGUACGGUGCACAAACCGGCUACUCGCCGUACGGUGCUCCACCGAGCCAGGUGCAGGGUUACGGGCCGCCGAAUGCGGGCACACCACAGAGCUACCAUCAUGCGGGUGUGCCACCGGCCGGUGCGACCGGUGGACAGGUGCCGCCCGUGCAGGGUUCACCGUACCCGGGCGCCGCCACCGGCCAGCAUCCGGGUUCGGGCGGGGCUGGGGCGGCCGGUGCCGGUGCGGGCCCCGGCGCCUACCAGCAAGGGCUUCCGCCCGGUGCGCCCAACACGCAACCCCACGUCGGCUACGGUCCUCCGGGGCAACCGCCCGUCCAGUAUCCACCCCAGGGUGGUCCCGGUGGUCCUCCACCACCCCACGGCUACCCGGGCUAUCCGGGUGCCGGCGCCGGUUCCGCAGCUGCCGGUGCAGCCGGACCGAACGGUCCGUACGGUCAACCGGCCGGACCCGGCCAGCAGGGUGGCCAUCCACCACAAGGCCAGGUAGGUGGCUAUCCUGCCCAAUCCCCGGGCUAUCCCAUGCCACAGCAACCGCAAUACCCCACCGGCUACCCGGGCACCGGACCACCCAACACGGCCGGACCAAUCCCAACCAGUGGUGCGGGACAGGCGGUUGCGGCCGGUGCCGGUGGAACGGUCGCGGCCUCGGUUUAUCCUGGUCCGCAGCAACAGCAGCAGCAGCAGCAGCAGCAACAACCACCACAGACCGCAGUUACCGCUGGCGGGGCCGUACCAUCGUCCGCCAUACCAGCCACCACCAGCUCCUCCUAUCCGGCCACCAAUCCCGGCGGUGGUGUAUCGGUCGGAGCCGGUUCCAUGCCACCCGGUGGAUCGUACAACGCCCAACCACCGAACGCGCAACAGCAACACGGACAGCCGCCGGUUUCGAGCUACCAGCAGCAGCAACAGCAACCGGCCGGUGCCGUUGUGCCCGGCCAGCAGCAACAGCAGCAGCAGCAGCAGCAGCAGCAACAGCAGGGCGCACCGGGACCGGCCGGACCGGGCGUCUAUCCGCCCCAUCCGCCGUACCAUCAGCAGUCGUACGCACCGCUGCCCGUACCGCAGGGUCAGUAUCCGCCCGCUCAAACCGGUUACCCGCAGUAUCCGCAGCGUCCGCCGAACACGCAGAUGCCGCCACCCGGUCCGCAGGGUCCACCGCCGCAAGCCGCUUACGGUUAUUACGGUCAGCCACCACAGUAGAGCCGAUCAAGGGUCACUGCUUCCUGAUCGUUUCCCCACUGUCUGCCAAUCUCCCUCUCUCUCUUUUACUUCAAUACUUGUGUGUGUGUAUGUGUGUUAAUAUGGAGUGUCUCUUCGCAACACCCCGAUCAAUUGUAUAUAGUAUGGUUAACCCUUCUCAUAACGAGGUCCUCCCACAAAUUUUAACUGCAAGAAAUCGUGACGAAAACAAGGGAUUUACUAUUGCCUUUAAGAGGGAGUCUUUGCUUGGGGCUGCCAUUGUCGGCUUCCUUCACUAUAGAUUGUCCUUUGUCCGUUAGGGCGGGUUUAAAAUCGCUAUCAGAGAGGGUUGACUGAACACCGGCACUUCAUCAGUGCAGAAGGUGAACACAAGUAGCAUAUUAGUUUGUUUAAUUUAAUUUUGAUAUGCCAGAUGGAGAUGUUUCCCAUGCAAACAGAUUCGAGAGGUCAGCCAAGGAUAUACCGGGCGUCCGGAUUAUAAACGGAUACAUACGGUGUGUCGCACUCAAUCAGACCAGUGGCAAUAGGGCUUCCCACGGCCGGACCGGUGUUCAAAUCCCGUCCAGACCGCCUCCCCGUACUCAGGGCUGAGUACUUUGCUCCGGGUAAAAUCAAGUCACAGAAAGCCAGUUGGACAGUUUUUUUUUUGGCCUCAGGUCAAUGUACUCCCAAGACUGUGUAACGACAUAAAUUCUUUUAUCGAAACACUUGCCUGUAUUUAAAGGAUUAAAAGGACGAGUAUGCGUUUAUAGGCGAUGGAGACGUAUGUUGGCAAAGCAUACGAAGGUGUUGGUUGUAGUUUAAAUUUGGUGUACAGUACUACAGGUUUUCAUAGAGGCAGGCCCCCUGGUAUGGGGGCACUUCCAUUGCAAUGUGUCGGCACCCUGGCCAGAGUGGAUCGAAUGAUUGGUGCUGCGAAUAAAACUAGACAUCUGAAUGGCAGCGUAUAUAUUAGUUAUACCUCCUCCGUGUUACAUUCGCACCAAGGACAACUCACAAAUCAACCGUUUUGGCUUGUUUUAAUUUCCAUAUAAAAAGGGGCUCUUAGAUGAAACACUCUCCCUUCAUCAAUGCUGUCGAACGAUGUUAGAAUCGUGUAGCAGCCGUUUACACCGUCUAAAGUAAAGUUAAGCGAAACACACAGCCUCAUUUUCGAAGAUUAAACGUUCAUUUCAAGCACCGGUGCGCUAGAGUAAAAUUAUUGCUUAAAAAAAGCCACUGGACAAAGGAUUGCGGUCGCGGAACAACAACGCGAACGAUCCCACAUAAUAGUGUGUGUAAAUGGAACGCUAGAGGAUAAAGCACUUAUAUGUAUUAGUUUAAGAAAACCUUAAAUAAACUCAUCGGUUGGUGGUAGACAUUACUUA